AUGUUCAUGUCAGCAUCAAACCCGAAAACCAGAAACCUCUUUGACGUCUACCUGCGUCUGCGCCCGCCGCUGGUCGGCGUUUCCCAUGCAGACCGUUUCCUAACCGUCGAGUCUCCCGAGGAUGGUCAACCGCCAAAACACAUCACGCUGACUCCACCCAACGACCGACGCCGUGCCAUCGAGAAGUUUGCUUUUACUCAGGUGUUUGAGGAAGAUGCUACCCAGCUAGAUGUUUUUCACUGCACUGGGCUUGUCGACCUCAUUCAAGGGGUUAUUGCCCCGUGUGGAGGAGAGGGGACUGAUGCGUUGCUGGCGACAUUAGGUGUUACGGGCUCGGGGAAAACAUAUACGAUCCUCGGCUCCAGAACCCAGCGUGGCAUGAUUCAGCUCGCGCUCGAUGUCAUCUUCCGUUCGCUAGGGGAACACAUCGUCGACAGCGCUGCCAACCCUCUCCUCGAAAAGUCGAUCGCCGCAUCCGACCCGUCCGAGGCUACAGUCAUCUCAGCUUCCAUCUUUCUUGACAGCGUGUUUCUUGACUCCGCGGCUAGCGUCCGCUCUAACGCAAAACCUAAAACCCCAGGACACGUAGGAACCGAUCCUCUCCCCUGUGAAUUUCCUGAGCAAGAUCACCGUCACUCAAACGAAGUGCAACACCCCCACGCCCAAGGCGGCGCCUUCCCACGCGGCGAUGAACAGUCAGAUCCUGUGUGUCGACAACUCGGUCUGCGGAUAGUCAGCCGCGACGACUCUGUUGCGCCCCCGUCUCCCUUAUGUACUCCAAGCAAGAAGAGCGGGAUUCCAACGCGCAAUGGCUUGCGAGUGCAAGCCACGCCACGCUUCAUGGCUGCUACGGCAGCGAAUCUUUCCAAGGCAAAGCAGACGCUUACCAAGGAGAUGAACAAUCAGACCGAUGAGCAUACAACUCCGUCACGGGGUAAAUUACAUCGCCCGUCAACAUUCCCCCAGCAACCGAAUAUCAGCGCUCUCUCGGUAUCAUGCGACCCCUCAGCCGAGUACGCCGUCGUGCUGUCCAUGUUCGAGGUCUACAACGAUCGCAUCUUCGAUCUACUCGCCUACCCAACCAAGACAUUCUCACAUAAUAGCGCCAACAUCAACAAGCGCCGGCACCUCCCUUUCAAACCUACCGAGUCCUCCCCCGACCGCAAAGUCGUCUGCGGCCUCCGCAAAGUUGUCUGCUCCAAUCUGAACCAAGCCCUGCUCGUCCUAGAGGCAGGCUUGCACGAGCGUCGCGUCGCAGGCACGGGCAGCAACAGCGUCAGUUCACGCAGUCAUGGAUUCUUUUGCAUAGAGGUCAAGAAGCGUCCGCGUAAUGGGGGGCGUUCUUUCAGUGGCAAAGCUAGAAAGUUUGGCACUGAAGGAGCACCCUGGUCCGGCGCGACGCUGAGUAUUGUUGAUCUGGCGGGAAGCGAGAGGGCAAACCUGGCCAAGACGACAGGUGUUACGCUUGCUGAAGCUGGGAAGAUUAAUGAAAGUUUGAUGUACUUGGGUCGAUGUCUGCAGAUGCAGAGUGAUGCUGGCGCCGCUGCAAUAGCGGGGCCACAAAGGGGGGCUGGUAUGGUGCCCUUCCGGCAGUGUAAGCUGACUGAACUGUUGUUCGCCAACUGUUACCCCUCCAUGACGGUAACGACUUUUCAUGCAUCAAUGAGAUUUCGCAAUCCGCAGAAGGCGGUGAUGAUUGUCACAGCAGAUCCCAGGGGCGAUUAUAAUGCUACGUCGCAGAUACUCAGGUAUAGUGCGCUCGCGAGGGAGGUCACGGUGCCGCGAAUUCCCAGCAUCACGCAGGCGUUUCUAAUGAGUGUGUCUACGGCGGCGAGGGGGAAGGCUCACACGCGGGGCAGGGGAAACACGACCGGUCAGCAUUCUAGUCCGCCGGUGUCGCCUGCCUUGCAGCCGACGAGGGUUCCCUCCUCGACGAUCAGGAACCGGGUUACUAGUGACGGCUCGGAGUAUACACUCGACUCGCCGAAGAGGACGGAUGUGUCUGGGGAAUAUUGCAUUCGCCCGAAGACGAGCCCCCCAGCUGUUGCCCCUAUCAAUAUUUCAGCGCCUCCGGCGGAUGAUUACGAGACCGGCGACGAGUUCGACCCCAACCAUCGCUGUCCUGCGUUGGAAGCUGCUCUAGCCGACAUCGAGCGACUCACGGAAGAGAUUGAGUAUCUACGUCAAUCUCUGGAAGAAGAGCGCGUGGCUCAUGAGGAAGCCGAGGCACAUUUGCUCUCCAUUGAGGAUAGGAUGAUCGAUCUGGAGCAGGAUAUUCGCGAGGAGUGCGCCACAGAAUUUGAGCGCCGGUUGGAGCUCGAAAUGGCACGUUUUCAGGCGACAUUACAAGCUGAGAUGAAAAGAGGGGAGGAGCACUGGGGCAGGAAGUUGGACAUAUUCCAGAGAGGUGUGUUGGGCAUAAGGGAGGAAGACGUUGACGAUGAGGACGAGGAUAAAGAGAACUCGGGGGUUGUGUGGCCCGAAGGUGCGAAAGAAGAGAAUGAGCGACUGAAGCAAGAGAAUGAGUCUUUGAGGAAGGAAAUUGCUGCUCUCAAGGGGGCAUCGAAGAGAAUGCCGCUAAAGGAGCGGGAUUUGGGUGAUGUGCAAGUUGUGCCCCAGCAUCAAGUUCAGCAACAGGGCAGUCUGAAGCUCAAGGGGGCUGAGACGCCUUCACGGCCGGGGACUGCAAGGUCUAUGAUCGCUCCCAGGCAGGUCACCAAACCGCAGACGGCCGAGCAGGACGAGCCUGUGAUGAAGAGAAAGAUGGAAAAGUUGCGUUUGAUACCUGAUGAUGGAGCAAGUUCGCUGCCACGACCAUCACCAAGUCCGACGAAGAAGCUGCAUUGCGACGCUCGCGCUGUUUUAACCGGGCAGCAGGAUGACGAGCUUCGUGUCGGUACCAAGGCCUCUUUGACAAUGGAGGAGGAGUCUGAACUUGAGUUUGCCCAGUUUCAGUCGCUCUGGCAAAGACAUAUAUUAGCCCUACGAGACGAUUUAUCAACCGCGAGUAUUGAAGCAGCGCCAAGUAGAAGCACUGAAGGGAGCUCUAAUGACGAGCGUGACGGAAGUCCGGACGGCGAGUGGGAUGACAAGAUCGACUCCAUCGUCGACGCCCUCGAUGAGCUGGAGCUAUCGGUUGCUCAGCACAGCAAAGACUCUACGCAUACCUCUCCAGGAAUGUUGACUUAUGGUGAUGGCGAGAGCCCUAACACGACCAUCGGGACAUCUCACAGCCCUCGCACACCACGAUAUCCCGCUGAAAAAGAGAGCUAUGCCGAGACAGUCCUCUCAUCCCCCGAAACAUCUAGCUGGACAAGGACAGUGCGUCCUUCCCGGCCAGGGCACCUCCAACUCACUAACAACAACGAGGACGACGACGACUUAAUUCCUCCAGUCCCGAAACGAAAACACAAACACCAUGUCCCUGACAGUCCCCGAAUCGAGUUCCUCCUCGAAAAAACCCUCUCCCUCAACCCCCUCAACACUAUCCUCUCCUACCCCAUCACCACAAUCCUUCGCACCCCCACAUCUCCAAGCUGGCAGCGUCGUCGCCCCCCAUCACAGGUCAACGUCCUCAUCCUAACCUGGGCGACCGAUGGGCCGUCGUCCUCAAACCCGUCCACGCCGACAUCGUCGGGUAGUCUACUACCCGUACUGACGUAUCCAGGGAGAGCAAUUGAGAGAGAGGAUAUUGAUGCGCUGAGGGGGUGCUUGAAACGGAGGGGGUAUCACGUGCAGUGUAGGGGGAUUCCGGGGGAUUACUGUACUGCAGCGGUGGGGACAUUGUUGUCGAGGUUUUUGGAGGAAGAAGAGGAGCCCUCAGGGAAUGGGGAGACGCUGUCGAUUGUGUAUUACAGGGGAUAUGGGGGCUUGGAUGAGGAGGGGAGGAUGGCGUUUUGGUCUGGGUUUGGGACCGGGAACCCCCCAGCAUGCUUCUUCUGGGAUGACAUCCGCCCACCCCUUCUCCAAACCUCCGCCGAUGUUCUCCUCGUCUUUGACUGCACCUCUCCCCCGAACACAACCGACGAACAGCGCGAAAUCUCCCGCCUCGAAACCGGCGCAACCGUUCCCUUCGGCUCAGCCAAACAGCUCCUCGGACUGUGCGCCCAGUACGAUGUGUUGACAGCUCUCGAUCCAGAUACCCCGACAAAACGUCAGACAGCAAAAUGUCCUGGGGGGAUGAUGACCAGGGCUUUGUGCAGAGUGCUGGAUCGAACAGGGGAUGUGUCGGUGCAGAGGCUGUGCUCGUUGAUGAGGGAGGAUUUGAGGGGAAGGGGGGGCCUAGAUGAGAUUGUGGCUGCGGGGGUGUUUACGGAGAAGGGGACGGAGUAG